AUGGCUCUGCUCUUAAGCCUGUCUUGUGCUGAGGAUGAGAUAGCAGCUUUAUCCUGCCCAGAGUACCAAGAGGGCUUUGACGGCUCCUGUUAUGAGUUUGUGGGUCUACAGCGUUCGCGUUCCUUCCUCAGUGCACAGGGUUGGUGUGAGCGGGGUGGUGGACACCUGGCCUUUAUUUUAAACGACGAAACCCAGCAGUUCCUGCAGAAGCACCUGCAGCCGGAGCAGGACUGGUGGCUGGGUUUGGCACCUGCCUCCCCAAACCUAACACUGGACUCUGCUGCUGCUGAGGGUCCUCUCUCCUGGCUUGAUGGCUCUGAUGUCAGCUACUCUAACUGGGUGAACGACCCUGGUCCAGGGGCUGGCUGUGGUCACAUACUGAGGAGCUCAGGGUUUCAGUGGGAGGCAACAAGCAACUGUAGCCAGGAGCUACACUUCAUCUGCCAAUUUGAGUCUGGGCGCUCCAUUGCUUGUGCUGACCACAAUGCCACACUACAGUGUGGUUCUGGUCAGGUAAUAGAGAUUGAUGACAGCUUCUAUGGUCGUAAGACGGUUCACUACUGCCGGACGAGUCCCGCUUCUUCAGCCACCACCACACAGGAGGAGUGUAGCUGGAUAGAUGUUAUAGAUUCAGUGACAGGAGACUGCCUUGGGCUGCAGGCGUGCCAGGCCACAGCAGAUGUGGCCUCCUUUGGUGAACCUUGCCCAGGGCUGGGAAGCUACCUGUCUGUGGAAUACCACUGCAAAGAUGGUCUCCACUUAUUAAUGAGCAAGUUGGCUGCCGUCUUUGACAACGUCUCCAUAACAGUGAAGUGGCUUCUCCAUCCAUUCCAGGGCAACCUGACCUGCACUCUAAGUGCUGGAGAUGGGCACAACAUUGAUCCUUAUAGUCCAGAAGAGUUGGAGAGCAUUGUGGUUCAUAAAUACACCCGUCCGGGUGUCUUCAUGGUUGGGGUGGAGUGUACCACCAGUGAGUGGCAUGUGACAGCUCAGAAAGCCAUCACCAUUCAGGAGCCAAUCGGGGAGUUUGGCGUCAUUAAGUGCUAUAGCAUGAACCAAUCAACAGAUAGUGUAAACUGCAAGGCCAUGUAUGGAAGCCCCCUUCAAAUCCAGGUUGAAGUAGAAGCUGGUACGAAUGUGACCUACAAAAUCCACAGUGGUGAGAUGUUGGUGGCCAAUUCAUCAGCAGUCAGAGGAAUCAUCCCCCACAACAUCACAGUAGGACCAGAGGUGGAGCAACAGCUGGGCUCUGGCUGCCAUCAGCUGACCCUGCAUGCCUCUAACGGGGUCUCGGCCUUGGGUGUGUCCACUGAGCUGCAGGUGUGUCUGCUGGAGCCUGUGGAGGGCCUCCUGGGAUCAGUGAUGGCUGAGGAGGGAGAGUGUCCAGACUCAGACCUUUAUGUUAGAGUCUCCCUGGAUCGGGGAGCCCCGGUGCAGCUUCUCUUCCAGGUGUCUGGAGCCAACGACAGCAUCUCUGAGACCAGAGACAUGCAAAACAGCAGCAUGCAGGUUUACAAUAUCUCAACCACUAUCCAAGGAUAUUUGCAAGUGAAAGUCAGGGCCUGGAAUGUCUUCUCACACAUGGAUGUGGAUGUGGGGAACACAACAGUUGUUUGCCACAAUAAAUCAGACUUUCAGACAGAGGAGCAUAAAAGACUUCCCCAAGCUAAUAUGGAAAUCACUUCCGAUCCAGAACGUCCAUCUGACUUCACUCAAAGUAUCACACUUGGGUUAACUGGCUUGAGUGGAGUACCCGGAAUCAGUGAGCCUGGGAUACAACUUGAAUGGGAAUGCACCCCAACUACCAUCGCCAGCAUCCCUUCCUGUAUAAUUUCCCCUCAGUCAGGCACAGUUCUAGAUGCUUUCAAUAUCACCUGUGCAACAACCUCCUGCUCCACAGGCAAAUGCCAAUAUUGUUUCAAAACUGACCAAGAUAAACAUUUGCGCUGCAGUUACGUAAAUGAAGUUAAGUCAAUCUUCCUACCUCUCGGGAACAACAGUUACAACUACAGUCUGUCUGUGGUGGUUACUGUAAUAAAUGGGGAUAGAAGAACCAAUGCCACAAUCACCACUGAGGUUUGGCCAGCCAACUCCAGUUCCCCAGUGGAGAAUCUGCAGUCUGUGGUGGAGAACACUGUCGCUCAGCUACAGCAGCAGGGGUUGCUCACUGGGGAGACCCUUGGUCAGAUGUUCAAGUCCGUGUCCGACAUUCUGAAUAUGGGCUCCAGUGAGGAUCAGAAAGGUGCCAGGGAGGAGGUGAGAACGGGGUAA